AAUUCAUCUCAAAACCCCCAAAUUCGCUGCUCUCUCUCUCCUAGGGUUUCGCUCUCUCUCAAAUCCCCAAUUCACCUGCUUCGGAAAUUAUCAAUUGAUCCUAUUUUGUUGUCUGCAUUACGUUGGAUUCUUCCGAGUUGCUUUGAUUUUCUUGUUGGUUUUCGGAAUUUAGUAGAAUUUUCAACUCAAUUUCCUGUUCUUCUCAUCUUUUCUGACAAUUUGGGGUUUUCGCAUUGGAAUUUGGUAUUUUAGAUCCCUUGAAGUUAGUGAAGUACAUUGGGUUUUGUUAUUCUAAGAAUCAAAGCUGGAAUUUGGAGGCUUUCUCUUGACCUGUGUUCCUAGCUUUUGAAAGGUCAGCACUUAGCGGCUUAAUGUUGAGUUCUGGAAAUAACUUAAACAGCAGCAGCGGCAGCGGGGCAGCAGAUAUGCCGCCCUUGCCCCAGUGUUUGCCACUAGAUUCGAUUACGGUAGGACAUCAGAAAUAUACUGGAGAGCUAAGGAAGGUUUUAGGUGUUUCUGCUGGAAACACAUCAGAAGACCAUUCUUUUGGAGCUCAACAUCCUAAAUCAGUGGCCCCAGGAGCCUCAGGGGAGCUAAAGCACUUAAAAGAAAGUGUACAAGAUGCCUCCAGAAAGGCAAGGGAUAGAUCCAAAAUGUUUCGGGAAUAUAUAUCCAAAUUGGAUAGGUUCAGGGAGGCCUCAAACUCAAAGAAAAGACAAAGGGCUGAUACAUCAAGUGACAGGGGAGGUGGAGUAAACUUAACAAAGAUGGGUAGCCAGAUCCACAAAACCCCUAAUGAUAGUCUGACUCAGAGAUCAGAGGUCAAGACCUCAAAUGCAAUGCUGAACAAGCGAAUGCGCACGUCAGUAGCAGAUCUGUGGGAGGAAAGUAGGUCUGCUGCUAUUGGAAGGCAGCAGAUGCCCACAGAGAAGGAUGGAAAUUUAAUUCAGACACUUGGUGGGGGCUCUGUUCAAAAUGAGGAGAAAACUCGCAGAUUACUUGCUGGAGGUGAAGGAUUGGAUCAUAAGAUAAAAAAGAAGAGGUCUGUUGGAGCUGUAGGCAACAGAGUUAUAACUGGUGAAAGGGACAUAAAGCGAGCUACUAUUCCAAAGACAAAUACUGAUUUGAAGACACGGCUUUAUGAUGCUCAGGGUUUUAGAUUGAAGGCACUUGCUGGAUCUAGUGGAAGCAACAAGGCUGAGAGCUUUUCAGAGCCUACUAAUACAGGUGUGCAUUCAAUGCUUACUAGUGAGCAAGGUGUUUCUUCUCUUCACAGAGACCACAUAGCUGAGCAGAGAGUUGUGCUGAAAAGAAGCAACAGGGCAAACACUCAGGAGGACCCUGCGAGCAGCCCUAACACACUAAUUAAAACCAAGGCAUCUCGGGCACCAAGAACGGGUUCGGUUAGUGCGCUAGAAUUGUCUAACAUUCAACCUUCAUCUGGAACUUUUCCAGGUUCUUCUAUGCAUCCAAUGACCCAGUGGGUUGGUCAGAGGCCACCUAAAAAUUCACGCUCACGAAGAAUGAAAGUAGUUUCUCCUGCCUCACGCAAUCUUGAAGUUCAGGUCUCAUCUGAAGGCUGUCUGACUUCUGAUUUCAGUGUUAAAGGUUCUUCUGUUGGCAACAAUGGAUUUCAACUAGCAAGCAGUGUAGACAACAGUACUCCAAAAUAUAAAAGAACACCUGAUGAUAUUUCAUCUCCAUUUGGACUAUCUGAAAGUGAAGAAUCUGGAGCUGGGGAAAACAGAACACAAGAGAAAGGAGUGAAUGGCAGUGACUUUGCUGUGGCUGUUGAUAAGGAUGGAGCUUCUAUAUUACAAAGGAGGAAGAAUAAAAUACCAACAGAUGAACCUGGAGAUAGUGUGCAGAGACAAGGAAGAACUGGAAGGAAUUUAUCGUUAACAAGGCCCGACCUUCCUCCAGGGAGGGAGAAGUCAGAGAAUCCACCAAUUCUGAAGCCAGUACUAGAAUUGAGGGCUAAUGAUAAGAGUAAAACCAAAUAUGGGCGCCCUCCUACGAAAAAGCAGAGAGAGCGUAAAGUUUCGACUCGUGUAGGGAAGCAACUGAUCAUUGGUUCUGAAUUUGGAGGUGAAUCUGAUGAUGAUCGCGAAGAAUUAGAGAAAGCUGCAAAUGCUGCUCGUAAUGCUAGCAAACUUGCUUGUUCGAGUGCAUUUUGGAAUAAAAUGGAGUGUAUUUUUGCUUCUAUCAGCUUGGAUGAUGCAUCUUACUUGAAGCAACAGCUCAAUAUUGCUGAGGAAUUCAAUAAAAAUUUAUCUCAUAUGUUUGGGACAGAUCAUGAUAUCUUGGGUGUUGUUAUAAAUAACAAAACCACUCAAGGUUCAGAGGAAAGAAAGAGAAGCCACUGUGAUGAAGAAUCAACUAAGUGUGAUGCUUUAGAUGGGAAGAAUGAAAUGGGAAGAUUGGACAAGGUUACCCCAUUAUUCCAAAGACUUCUUUGUGCUCUUAUUGAGGAGGAUGAAAGUGAAGAAUCAUAUCACCAAAGCGAAGGAAAGAAUAUAUCUCGACAGUGUGCUAGUGAUGAUUCUCACUGUGGUUCUUGUAAUCAAAUUGAUUUUGAACCCAAAGAUCGGGAUAGAAUGGACUCUGAAGUUGAAUCAAAGGUGGAUCUUCAAAUUCAGAAAAAUUGCAUGUUGGACAGACUAUCUUGUGAUAAGAGUACCACAUCCAAUACAUUUAGGUAUCCAAAUACAUCCAGUUCCUUGCAAAGCACUGGAGUUUGGCAGGGAGAUGAAGAACUUUCCCUUUCAGAUAUUACACUCACCAGUGAAAUAUGUUCAAAUGAUCUUGAUCAACUGCAGCCUGCUGAAAUAAGUGUUCCUAGCUUUCCUUCUCCUGAUGGACCGUAUCAGCUGAUGUCUCUGGAUGACAGGCUGCUGCUUGAGUUGCAGAGCAUUGGCUUAUAUCCUGAAAUAUUGCCUGAUUUAGCUGAGGAAGAUGAAGCUAUAAGUCAAGACAUUGUGAAACUUGAGAAAGAACUAUAUGAACAGAAUGGGAGGAAGAAGAAAAACUUGGACAUAAUUGACAGAUCUAUUCAAAAAGGGAGGGAUAUGGAAAGGCGGAAUAUUGAGCAAGCUGCCUUUGACCAUCUUACUGAAAUGGCUUACAGAAAGAGAUUGGCAUGUCGUGGAAGCAAGAAUUCAAAAGGUGCUGUUCACAAAGUGCCAAAACAAGUUGCUUUGGCUUUUCUCAAACGCACGCUUGGAAGAUGUAAAAGAUAUGAAGAAGCUGACAUUAGCUGCUUUAGUGAACCUACCCUACAAAAUAUCAUGUUUGCCCUCCCUUCACGUGAGAGUGAUGCACAACCUGGUGAUUGCAUUGUUUCUGGAACAGCCAGUAAUACAUGUUACAAAGCUUCUCCUCAAAUUGAAGUCAGAAAAUCAGGUGCGGUUUCUAGUACUUCUGAGAAAUAUGAUGUCCAGAUAGAUCAUGCAGACAGGGGACUGGUUGAUUCUUUUCAAGGUUCAAUUCACUCAUCAGAACAAGCAUCAUCUAAGAAUGGGUCUGUGUUUAUCAAGGAGAAGAAGAGGGAAAUGCUGGUCAAUGUUGUUGUCAGUGGUUCCUCUUCAAGAGCAUCAAAAUUUGAUGGUGCUGUUCCUGGUGGAGUGAAGGGAAAGAGAAGUGAGAGGGAUAGGAACCAGAGCCGAGAUCAGACCAGACAAAAUUCUAUUCCCAGAGCUGGACGCUUGUCACUGGACAGUAGCCAAAAUGAGAACAAACCAAAAGCUAAGCCCAAGCAAAAGAAUACCGCAUAUGGACAUGAUAGGUUUAUGGAACCAAAGGAAUCUGCUUGUUUACCAAUUCAUGGUUCUAGUCUAUCUGUGGUUGGUAACCAGGACACUUCUCAAGCAAAGGAAUCAGCUGACCUUGGGAAUUUGCCGCUACCUGAUUUAGGUUCUAUCGAAGAAUUUGGUGUAUCUGGUGAGCUUGGUGGGCCGCAAGAUCUUAGUUCUUGGUUGAACAACUUUGAUGACGAUGGUUUGCAAGAGGAUGAUUGUAUAGGCCUGGAAAUACCAAUGGAUGACCUAUCAGACUUAAUGCUUAUGUGAAAGAAUGUAACUUAUAGACUCUACCUGCAACAGGUAUUGUAUCCGAAGGAGAAUUUGUAUGUAUUCAGUGAACUUUGUGGGUAUGAAGAUCUUGAUGCUACUUGGGAUUCUCAGGAAGUGGAUAUUUUGGUGGUUGGGAGAAGAAUUUUGAACCAAUUAUAGAGUAAACCAAGUUGAUCUUGUGUAGAAAGUUGUAUAGAGGAAGUGGUUCAGAGGAUCUUCUGCAAAUAAUGUUUUUGGUGAAAUUGCUUCCAGAUCCCUUUCGUAUCUCAAUGAUACGAGUUGUUUAGCAUCUUGAACAUAACUGGUUUUGCUGUUCUGAAGUCCUGGUAUUGAAGUGAUUUUUUCUUUGGAAAAUGUAACUUCAAAUAUUGAGAUUGAAGCUAUGUCAUUCAUUUAACCAAAGGUGUCUAUGGAUGGAUUCUUUUUGUCCUUGCUGUGACUUCAGUUACAUGCAAUGUAAAUAGUACUUCAUUUGGGGCCUAAGAAAAUGCCUCUCAUUUAUUCAAAGGUGCCUAAAGUUGGUUUCUUUGUC